UGGCCCCUCCUCGGCAGCUCACCUCUUGGCUGCCGCCGCCGCCGCAGCAUCCCUCCCCGCGCACCAGCGCGGCUGUCUCGGACUCCGGCUCUGCCCUUCCCCGCGCUGCCGCGAAGCUCCCAACGUUGGGACUCGGGGGGUCUGGUCUCCACUGACCUCGCCGGGGACAGCGCAGCGUCGGCCGCCCAAAGUCGCCGGCGCAGACUGCUCCUUCCGAGCGUACACACAGGUAUCGAAUCGAUAGACUUCAAGAAGGCGAGGGGAGGGAAUUGGGAGGAAGCCGGAGGAGCGAGAAAUUGGAUGGAAUCGGUGGUGCGGAAGGUGCAGCAGCGGGUGAGGAAGGCGCGCGAGGAGAUGGACCGGUGGGACGACCUCAACUCCCGCCUCCUCUCCCACUUCUCCAGCGCCGCCGCCGUCAUCUCUCGCCUUCCGGUGCUUGGAGAGGAUAAGAAUUAUGGUGUCUUGCGAAGCGUCCCCAGCAUUAGGGAGGAUCUCUUGGGGGACCAGAUGGUGAGCCUGGAGCUCAUCUUCGUUUCAAUGAGGGAGACACUGGAGGAGUUCAAUGGCAUUGUGAAAGCUUUGAAUAAGGCUCUGCGCAAUACUACUCAGAUGGUGAAAGGCGGGUCAUCGCUCACCACGAAACAGAUGCAGUUACAAGUGGGGAUUUUGCCAACUGUUGCGGAGUGCUUGGAUGGGCUUCGAACAUUUUGCGAAAUGCACCAGGAUGAGUUUGCACUAAAAUCAUCAAUCAUAUCCUUUUUGACAUGGAAGAGCAGUUCCAGUGACAUUGCUGCACUACGUCAACUCUUAGUAGACCAGCCAAACAUACCAAAGGAUGAAGUUCAAUCCAUAUUCGACACUAUAUUUGCAGAUGAAAUUUGUUAAUUCAGUUCAUAUCCAAACUGCUGAAAACUUGCGCUCUAUGUUCUGAUCUAGCUGCCUGCCUAGAUGAUGCACGAAUCAGUCUGAAAUUUCAAGUUCAAUGAACUCGAUUGUUGAAGCACUACGACAGAACUAUGUCUUUGUUUCCAUCGACAACAGUGUUUGAAGACCUGCAGCUUCCAUUGAUGUAGUUCUUGGUAUGGUGUUCAAUGCAGCUUGGCAUACUCCAAAUGAGCUGUUCUGUCUCUUGGUAUGGUGUCGCAUCUCAGGAUCUCAGCGGAUACAGUAACAGUCUGGUAUACCUGCUGCAGCUACAAUGACAUGGGAAAAAGUUGCCUGCGUGAACAGAGGAUAUGUCUUUGCUUCGCAAUUCAUCUUCUUUCCCAUUCCCUCUUUACUAUGAAUGAUCUGUAUGCUUUCUAUUGGGAGUGCUCGUAGUUUCUAUUGUAAUGCAUCUCUGUAAGUUAUUUGAAAUGGCAAAACUCAAAUUCUCCUGUCAUGAAGCUAUUCAAUAAAACUCAAGCAUGUCUGAGAAAAUGAGAAUAUAACUCAAGCAGACAGAGUCAUUCGUUUUGAA